CACAGAUGAUGUGUAAAUUCGUCAGCAAUCUGAAAAUCCACGAACAUUCACGAAGGUCUGCGCCGGUGUCGCGAAAGAUUGCGAAAGAUUCGUGAUACGCGCAGGUAUGCGCGCGAUCUUGACCGUUAGAAAAUUGCGCCAUUUUUUAGUUGCCGUGUGCAAUUGAAUUGUUUAGCGGAACGUAGUUGCAUACGGUGGACGUGCUGAGGGCGAUUCAGGUUAUCUGUUCCGCGGUGUUGCUGAACUUGGAGCGUCAACGGAGGGCAAACGGGAUUGAUCAUCGAUCGAAAUAACGAGUAGCGUGGAGGCUCGACCACGUUAUAGCCCGUGCUACGAGGCACUGUGACGGUAUAAACCGGAUUGUUGCAGUCGGAAUCACCAAUCGCCUGACCGAACAAAAUGUCGGUGGACACGCUGACCGACUCCGAGUUACGGACCAAACUGAUGGAAUACGGCUACCCGGUGGGGCCGGUGACACAGACGACUCGUAAGAUACUCGCGAAGAAACUCAAGAACCUCAUCGAGACCCGCGGCGGCGUCGGCUCCCGGCAUUCGCUGGCCGCGAGAUACAGCAGUGAUGACACGGAUGAUGAUACCAACACAAGUGCUGUCAAGAAAAAGAAAGGUUCAUCAAAUUUACGCCGGCAAACACUGGCAAAUCCUAUGCCACCACCUUCUCCGAUAACCUCUGAUACUAUAAAUACAACGAAGAAUUUGGUCAAAGAAAAUCUAUCACCCCCACCUCACUCGGAAUUUAAGGAUCCAGCACCAGCAGGAGUGAUUGCAAGUUUUGAAUGUAGUCCAGUUGUUUCUACAACACGCACGACUUCAAAAACUAUUCAAAAUAGAUUUGUCAAGACACAAAAGGCAUCCAAUAUAUCUGAUGGUUUGGAUACUGGGUCGGAUUCAGAUGUUAUGGAAGAUACGGCAAGCUCAUUUGCUACACGCUCCAAGUAUCUAUCUAACACCAACAGAUUGUACGAUUCUCAUAGAAUACUUGAUCGUGGACCAACAUAUGAACUUGAUCAAAUGUCAAAAGCAAAACCAAUUCAUAUGACGACGAAAGACAUCAAGUAUAACGUAAAUAUCAUGAAACCUAGCAUGUCCACAAUGCAAUCUCUGCAGGAUGACAUAAGCGGUAGGGACAGUGCAAAUCAAAGAGAUCUUCUUGCUAAUUACGAGACUCCAUUUCUAUCAGAAUUUACGAGGAGACUCAGCUCACGAUCAUUAAUAAAUACAUCGCCAACACCAUUGUCGAGCUUAAAGAGUCCUACAUUACGUCAUACUCUGCCCGGCUUACCAGAAGUGAAAGAGAAGGAUUCAAAUGGGUUUUCUUCUUUGAGAACAACAUACUCAACAUCCCAGAGUCCCAGACAAAUAUUGUUUAGCACAAGGCACAAUGCAUCAUCGUCCGUUGACAGAGUUCGAGAUAUCAUAAGUAGAUCGACUUACAAACCGUCUACGACGAACAACAGAGAGGACGUACGAAACAAUCAGAAUAUCGUGUCGAUGAUCCUCGUGGCAGUGCUCGCUCUAUUCUUUGGCGUUCUCGCGAUAAUAUAUCUGGGUCUUGGUGGGAAAACUGAUACGCUACCGUCACUCUCAACGGAUAACAACAUACCGCAGUGUUUCUCCGAUGGAGCUCCCGAUCUUAGAACACCUAGAGUAAAUUGUGUAAUGAAGAAAAAUUUAGAGUCCGUGUUGCAACUGUUAAGGCGUCUACAGCCCUUAUUAACGAGAAAAGCGGUAUCUAAGAUAUGCGAAAAUUCAAACGAGAAAGCGUAUUUGACCGAUGCGGAAAUUGUGGAAACGUUCACGAGCGAGAAAGUGUCGAGCCUCGAGGUGAAGGAGGAUCUGCACAACGCGCAAUUGUUAAUCAUUAAGAAUCCCAAAUGGGGUAUCUCGCUGAUAAAUAUAAACGACGAUAACGAAGCGACCGUCGAAGUGUUAGAUACUCUGGAUAAAUUAUUUUCCGCUCGUCCGGAUGGAAAAAUCGGGAUGAUAAUCCUAAAUCCCGAGCUGCCGAUGCAAUGCCUUGUUAAGAACAAGCUCUUUACCAUAUUUUCUUCUCUCCUUAUAGUGGCAUUUGGUGUAUUAGCGGUUAUUGGGAUUCAAAAAUUAGGCCUUUGGUAUGUAAAAUACAAGAAAUCCACUGAAAGAGAGGUGUUUAAACUUGUUAGUGAAAUUUUAAACAUUGUCGAAACACAUCAUCAAAAUGCGUCCGUUCAGCCAGGCACACAGGAUAGUUUUCUCGCUAUAAAUCACGUGCGAGACAAUCUUAUUUUGCCGAAAGACCGUAAGAGAAUGUCCGGUCUCUGGGAAAAAGCGGUAAAAUUUUUAGAUGAAAAUGAAUCGAGGAUUCGAAAAGAAGUGCAACAAGUGGCGGGAGAAGAAUUCUGUGUGUGGAGAUGGUUGCCGAAUAACAGUUUAAAUAAAUCUUCCGUGCAAAGCACGACUUUGUCGAGUAAGAAACCGAAAGUUUGGCAAGGACAAGCAUUCGAGACGAUGGAAGGAUCUGUCAACAGUUUAACAUGUUCGCCGACACCUUGCCUAAAAAUCAGGCAUAUGUUUGAUCCAGAAAUUGAGACUGAAGAUGAUUGGGAGACGAAAGUACAAGACGCUAUUUUAGAGAAAUGCGGGGAAAGCGUAAAGAUUCUCCACAUUCGAGUAGACAUCGCUAGCCGUGAGGGUUGUGUCUAUAUGAAAUGCCUGUCACAGGAAGACGCCGGUAAAGCUUACAGAGCAUUACACGGAUGUUGGUUCGAUGGUAACUUAGUGACUGUGAAGUACCUGAGAUUAGAGCGUUAUCACGAGCGAUUUCCUGAUGCCGCCCGUUGCGUAACGCCUCUCAAGCCAAGCAACAAUCAACGAUUAUCUAUGCAGGCGCAUUAUUGGCAGAGUCCUGCGGAAUCGAAUUAACAGUGCACAUUUCUGUUCAGGGAUUCAGCAAAACAUGCUGUUCUCGCACACACAAUUGUCUGCCGACCGACACUUACGAAAUCCAUUUUUUUGUUUCAAGAUAAAAUACUUUUGUGCUGCAGCGCAUAUAUAUUAGAAGUGCAGAUUAUAACAGUGUGAUAACAUCCAAGGAUUGAAGAGACUUUUUUAUAUGCAUUUUUUUAAUUCGCUAACUGUAUCAUAUUUUAUUCUAUCUUUCAAGAAGAACGAUGGGGGGAUAUGUGUGUUUUUAAUAUAGUUGAA